CGCACACACACACCACACACGCACACACGCACACGCACACCCAGAUUGCAUUGUUAUCAGGCAGAUAGACCUACAGGCAUUGUAGCCUGGAGUGAGACACAAAGCUCAAGAUGUUAGCUGGUGGGGAAGGGGCGGAGUCUGGCAGACUGUGGAGAUGGGCAAUGCAGUGAAAAAAUGGGUUGGUUCUGAGACCAGAGCUGUGCCAGGAUAAUGGAAGACUUUGGGCACCCGCCCCUGUGAAUUUUGGGGGCAGUGAAAUUACCAUCUCCUGAAGGCUCCCUAAAGUGACUGAUUGAAGAACUUGGAGCAGAGGUCAGAGAACUGGGCCCCAGCUAUCCCUCUGGAACGCUAGUGUCAAAACCCACAUUCCCUGAAAGAGAUCAAGCAAAGGGAAGCAAAACUCCAGGAUUCUUGAGACUGGAAGGUGGGGGACCAGAGAAGAAGCAGAUAGCUGGGGACAGGUGGGCCAAGAGCAUGCCCUGGAGCAUGCAGAGUGUCUACUUCAUGUGGGUUUCUCACGCUGGCUAUAUUCUUGCACCAAGAGCAGGGAAGUUACAGUGCAAAACCGCAGGCCCCGCCCGAGGAUGCUCCUGGGGCACGGCCCCCGCCCAGAUGCCACUCCCUAUUUGGCUCACGAGGUGAGCCCGCCACUGCCCACUGCUUCCAAUCAUUACUCCGAAUGGGACACUUUAAAUAUGCGUAGGCGCGUCACAUUGUGUGACCCAGGACCAGUCCGUAGGGAGGGAGGCAGUAUCUAUAUAAAGUGUGGAGGGUAGGCAGAGAAGGGUUAACCGAGUGGAGGAGAGAAGGUGGUGGGCAGGGGUCUGCAGCCCCGGGUUGGCAGCGCGGUGAGUUGUUUCUCUCAGGCUCUCCCGCAGCUUCUGCACUAGGAGCGCAGAUCCGAGAAUGUAGGGGCAUUCCGGAGGCAAACGGCCCACCAUGAAGAGGCUGGCACUUUUUGACUGAAAUAGGGAAAAUGCCCUGGGCCUCCAGUCUUGAGGAAGGAGAAUUCUCUUAAAUGCCUCAGGGUCACUGCCGCCUUCCACUGACAGUCUUGUUUUAAGAGCGGAAGUCUUGUCUGAAUUUAUUAAUCUCCGGCUUGGUCCCUAACCCCAGGACUUUUCUGAACGGGAUAGGUGAGCUCUGCACAGUUAUUGAGCCCUCUCUGCUCGCCAUGUUUUCUUGGGGGUUGAACUGCUUAUCCGUGCUGGGGGCUGGCGGCACCGCUCUCUUAUGUGCCGGUCUGCUGCUUGUUCUGGCCCAACACCUCUGGACCCUCCGCUGGACUCUGAGCCGGGAUCGGGCCUCCGCCUUGCCCCUACCCAAGGGCUCCAUGGGCUGGCCAUUCUUCGGUGAAACGCUGCACUGGUUGGUUCAGGGCCCUCGUUUCCACAGUUCCCGCCGCGAGCGCUACGGGACAGUGUUUAAGACGCACCUUCUGGGCAGGCCAGUGAUCCGCGUGAGCGGCGCGGAGAACGUGCGCACCAUCUUGCUGGGCGAGCACCGCCUGGUGCGUAGCCAGUGGCCACAGAGCGCGCACAUUCUGCUAGGUUCGAACACACUCCUCGGCGCGGUUGGCGAGCCCCAUCGGCAACGGCGGAAGGUCCUGGCGCGCGUGUUCAGCCGCCCGGCUCUGGAACAAUUCGUGCCACGGCUGCAGGGGGCGCUGCGGCGAGAGGUGCGCUCCUGGUGCGCCGCCCGAGGACCGGUAGCUGUCUACGGGGCGGCCAAAGCGCUCACCUUCCGGAUGGCCGCUCGCAUCCUCUUGGGUCUGCAACUGGACGAAGCGCGAUGCACCGAGCUGGCCCAGACCUUUGAGCAGCUGGUGGAGAACCUCUUCUCACUGCCUUUGGACGUGCCCUUCAGCGGCCUGCGCAAGGGCAUCCGGGCCAGGGACCAGUUGUAUCGGCACCUGGAUGAGGCCAUUGCUGGGAAGCUUCAUGAGGAGCAGGCAGCAGAGCCGGGUGAUGCCCUGCACCUGAUCAUUACCAGCGCCAGGGAGCUGGGCCGUGAGCUCUCUGUGCAGGAGUUGAAGGAGUCGGCUGUGGAGCUCCUCUUCGCGGCCUUCUUCACCACGGCCAGCGCAAGCACGUCGCUCAUCCUGCUGCUUCUGCAGCACCCGGCGGCCAUCGCCAAGAUCCAGCAGGAGCUGUCAGCGCAGGGGCUGGGGCACGCGUGCGGCUGUGCACCCCAGGCCACAGGGCCCAGACUGGACUGCAACUGUGAGCCGGACCUUAGCCUGGCGGCGCUGGGCCGUCUGCGCUACGUCGACUGCGUGGUCAAGGAGGUGCUUCGCCUCCUACCGCCGGUGUCCGGGGGCUACCGCACUGCGCUGCGAACCUUUGAGUUGGACGGCUACCAGAUCCCCAAAGGUUGGAGCGUGAUGUAUAGCAUCCGAGACACGCACGAGACAGCUGCUGUGUACCGUAGCCCGCCCGAGGGCUUCGAUCCGGAGCGCUUUGGCGUGGAGGGUAAGGACGCGCCCGGCUCCUGCGGCCGCUUCCACUACAUCCCGUUUGGCGGCGGCGCGCGCAGCUGCCUGGGCAAAGAGUUAGCGCAAGCGGUGCUGCAGUUGCUCGCCGUGGAACUGGUGCGUACGGCGCGCUGGGAGCUGGCUACACCUGCCUUUCCGGUCAUGCAGACGGUGCCCAUCGUGCACCCAGUGGACGGGCUGCGACUAUUUUUUCACCCUCUCACGACUUGUGCGGGGGAUGGGUUGCACCUCUAAUUCGCUGCUCCUCUAGCC